UGAGCCUCGGUUUGCCCAUCUGUUCAGUGGAGGCAACCACUCCAUCUGCCUUGACUCUCCGUGGAAAGUGCAUCUGUCACACGUCGGCCCCGAGAUGACAGGCGUCACCGUGCGUGGCCUGACCCCGGCUCGUACCUAUCAAUUCAGGGUGUGCGCCGUGAACCAAGUGGGCAAGGGCCAGUACAGCGCAGAGACGAGCAGGUUGGUGCUUCCUGAAGAGCCGCCAGGUGCUCCCCCGAAAAACAUAGUGGCCAGUGGGCGUACCAAUCAGUCCAUCAUGGUCCAGUGGCAGCCGCCCCCCGAAACAGAGCACAAUGGGCUGCUGCGUGGGUACAUCCUCAGGUACCGCCUGGCUGGCCUGCCCGGAGAGUACCAGCAGAGGAACAUCACGAGCCCCGAGGUCAGCUACUGCCUGGUGACGGAGCUCAUCAUCUGGACGCAGUAUGAGAUACAGGUGGCCGCCUACAAUGGGGCUGGCCUGGGCGUCUUCAGCAGGGCGGUGACCGAGUACACCUUACAAGGAGUGCCGACCUCACCCCCGCAGAACGUGCAGGCGGAAGCCGUGAACUCCACGACCAUCCGGCUCCUGUGGAACCCUCCACCCCAGCAGUUCAUCAAUGGCAUCAACCAGGGCUACAAGCUUCUGGCGUGGCCAGCCGAUGUCCCCGAGGCCGUCACUGUCGUCACCAUUGCUCCAGAUUUCCAUGGAGUCCACCAUGGGUACAUAACGAACUUGAAGAAGUUUACUGCUUACUUCACAUCAGUUCUGUGUUUCACCACUCCGGGGGACGGGCCUCCAAGCACACCUCAGCUCAUACGGACACAUGAAGACAAACCGGGACCUGUGGGACACCUGAGUUUCACAGAGAUCCUGGACACGUCUCUCAAGGUCAGCUGGCAGGAGCCCCUGGAGAAAAACGGCAUCGUUACAGGCUACCAGAUCUCCUGGGAGGCGUACGGGAAGAGCGACUCGCGGCUGGAACUCACUCUCAACAGCUCGACGCACGAGUAUAAGAUCCAAGGGCUGUCCUCUCUCACCACCUACACCAUCGACGUGGCGGCCCUCACCGCCGUGGGCGCUGGCCCGGCCACCUCGUCCACCAUCUCUUCUGGGGUGCCCCCAGAACUCCCUGGUGCCCCAUCCAAUCUGGUCAUUUCCAACAUCAGCCCUCGCUCAGCCACCCUGCAGUUCCGACCCGGCUACGACGGGAAGACGUCCAUCUCCAGGUGGAUCGUGGAGGGACAGGUUGGAGCCAUCGGCGACGAGGAGGAGUGGGUCACCCUCUACGAGGAGGAGAAUGAGCCUGACGCCCAGACGCUGGAGAUCCCAAACCUCACGCCCUACACUCAUUACAGGUUCCGAAUGAGGCAGGUGAACGUCGUCGGUGCCAGCCCCUUCAGUCAGUCCUCCCGGGUCAUCCAGACCCUGCAGGCCCCCCCGGACGUGGCCCCCACCAGCAUCACCGUCCGAACCGCAAGCGAGACCAGCCUGCGGCUCCGCUGGGUGCCGCUGCCCGACUCACAGUACAAUGGGAACCCCGAGUCCGUGGGCUACAGAGUUACGUGCUGGCGCCCCGACCUCCCGUCCACUGUGCUGGCCCAAGUCAUCAGCGACCGGCUGGAGAGGGAGCUCACGGUCGAGGGGCUGGAGGAAUGGACAGAGUACGAGCUGCAGAUGCAGGCCUUCAACGCCAUCGGGGCCGGGCCCUGGAGCGAGGCCGUCCGGGGCCGGACACGGGAGUCAGUUCCUUCAGCCGCCCCUGAAAAUGUGUCAGCCGAGGCCGUCAGCUCCACCCAGAUUUUACUGACGUGGGCUUCGGUGCCCGAACAGGACCAGAAUGGGCUCAUAUUGGGCUACAAGAUCCUGUUCCGCGCCAGAGAUCUGGAUCCUGAGCCCAGGAGCCACGUGGUCCGAGGGAACCACACGCAGUCUGCACUUCUGGCGGGUCUGGGCAAGUUCGUGCUGUACGAGCUCCAGGUGCUGGCCUUCACCCGCAUCGGGAACGGGGUCCCCAGCUCGCCCCCCAUCCUGGAGCGGACCAAAGAUGACGCCCCAGGCCCACCCGUGAGGCUUGUGUUCCCAGAGGUGAGACUCACGUCUGUGCGGAUCGUGUGGCAGCCGCCGGAGGAGCCCAACGGCGUUAUUCUGGGGUACCAGAUCGCCUACCGCCUGGCCAGCAGCAGCCCUAACACGUUCACCAGCGUGGAGGUCGGCGCCACCGUGAGGCAGUUCACGGCCACCGAGCUGGCCCCCGAGGCCGCGUACGUCUUCCGGCUGUCGGCCAAGAGCAGGCAGGGCUGGGGGGAGCCGCUGGAGGCCACCGUCAUCACCACCGAGAAGAGAGAGCGGCCGGCGCCCCCCAGGGAGCUCCUGGUGCCCCAAGCGGAAGUGACCGCGCGCAGCCUGUGGCUCCAGUGGGUCCCGGGCAGCGAUGGGGCCUCCCCCAUCCGGUACUUCACGGUGCAGCUGCGCGAGCUGCCCCGGGGACAGUGGCAGACCUACUCCUCGUCCAUCAGCCAUGAGGCCACAGCCUGUGCCGUUGAAAGGCUGAGGCCCUUCACCUCCUACAAGCUGCGCCUGAAGGCCACCAAUGACAUUGGGGACAGCGCCUUCAGCGCGGAGACAGAGGCGGUAACCACGCUGCAGGACGUUCCGGGAGAGCCUCCGAGCUCUGUCUCUGUGACGCCACACACCACCUCGUCUGUUCUGAUCCAGUGGCAGCCCCCGAGGGACGAGAGCCUGAACGGCCUCCUGCAGGGAUACAGGAUCUACUACCGGGAACUGGAGAACGAGGCGGCCUCGGCCACUGAGUCCAAGACGCUCAAGACCCGCUCCGCUCUGCGGGCCGAGCUCACAGCCCAGAGCAGCUUCCGGAGCGUGAACAGCAGCUCCACGUUAACGGCAUACGAGCUAACACAUCUGAAGAAAUACCGGCGCUAUGAAGUGGUCAUGACAGCCUACAACGUCAUCGGCGAGAGCCCGGCCAGCGCGCCCGUGGAGGUCUUCGUCGGCGAGGCCGCCCCGGCCAUGGCUCCGCAGCACGUGCAGGUGAACCCACUCACGGCCAGCCAGCUGGAGGUCACGUGGGACCCGCCGCCGCCCGAGAGCCAGAACGGAAACAUCCAGGGCUACAAGAUCUACUACUGGGAGGCGGACAGCCAGAACGCAACGGAGAAGAUGCGGGUGCUGUUCCUGCCCGAGACCACGGCGAAGCUGAAGAACCUCACCAGCCAUACCCAGUACCUGGUCAGCAUCUCGGCCUUCAACGCCGCUGGAGACGGGCCCAGGAGUGACCCCCGGCAGGGCCGUACCCACCAGGCCGCUCCCGGGACCCCCAGCUUUCUGGCAUUCUCGGAAAUAACCUCCACCACGCUGAACGUUUCGUGGGGGGAGCCCACGGCAGCCAAUGGCGUCCUGCAGGGCUACCGAGUGGUGUACGAGCCCUUAGCACCUGUCCAAGGGGUGAGCAAGGUGGUGACGGUGGACGUGAAGGGGAACUGGCAACGCUGGCUGAAGGUGCGCGACCUCACCAAGGGGGUGACCUACUUCUUCCGAGUGCAAGCGCGGACCAUCGCCUACGGGCCCGAGCUGUGGGCCAGCGUCACGGCCGGCCCGGCCGAGGGUUCCCCGGGCUCCCCUCGAGACGUCUCAGUCACCAGAUCCGCCUCCGAGCUCACCCUGCAGUGGACGGAGGGCCGCGCGGGCAGGACGCCCACCACGGGCUACGUCAUCGAGGCCAGGCCCUCAGAUGAAGGCCUGUGGGACAUGUUUGUGAAGGACAUUCCGCGGGGCGCCACAUCCUACACCGCCAGCCUGGACAAGCUCAGGCAAGGAGUGACCUACGAGUUCCGGGUGGUGGCCGUGAACCAGGUGGGCUACGGGGAGCCCAGCAGCCCCCCUGCUGCCGUGUCAGCUCAGGUGGAGACCCCGUUCUACGAGCAGUGGUGGUUCCUCCUGGUGGUGGCGCUGUCCAGCCUGCUCGUCAUCCUGCUGGUGGUGUUCGCCCUGGUCCUGCACGGCCAGAAAAAGAAGUACGGGAGCUGCGGCCCAGGUAAGAGCAUCUCCAACAUGGAGGAGUCCGUGACCCUGGACAACGGGGGAUUUGCCACCUUGGAGCUCAGCAGCCGCCACCUCAACGUCAAGAACACCUUCUCGAAGAAGAAUGGGACCAGGUCCCCGCCUCGGCCGAGCCCCGGCGGGCUACACUACUCAGAUGAGGACAUCUGCAACAAGUACAACGGUGCCGCGCUGACCGAGGGCGGGACCCUCCAGGAGAAGUCGGGGGACGCCACGGAGUCUGAGGGCACCGAGUCCGAGUCCGAGGACGCGCUCCCCCAGCACUCCUUCGUCAACCACUACCUGAGCGACCCCACCUACUACAACUCGUGGAAGCGGCGCGCGAGCGCGGCCCCGCACAGGUACGAGGCGGUGGCGGGGGCCGAGGCCGGGCCGGCCCCGCACGCGGUGGUCACCACGCAGAGCGCCGUGUUCGCGCCCGCCGCCCACGGCGCCCGGACUCCGCUCACCGGCUUCUCGUCCUUCGUGUGAGCAGCGCCGACCCCGCGGCGACCCUUGUUGAGACAGUCAGCUCCGGAAACUGGGCUACAGCUUGGGUUUAAGAGGAUCUGACGCCUGAUGAUUGA